AGCCAAGGGCAAGCUUGCAGAGAGAGAGUGUGCGAGUGGGAGAGUGUGCGAGUAGAGAGAGCGCGAGCGAAAAGCUUCAUGCAGAAAAACAAGAAACAGCGCAAAACAUCUAGAAAACAUGGAGGGUGCGAGUCGCAGCAGGAACGCCGCAGCAGCUGCCUCCGCGGGCCACAGCCAGCAAGGAGGACACCCCAGCCAGGACCGCGUUGAGCAGGAACUCAAGCAAGACAUUCCCUACUUUGACGAACCGCCGGCGAUUAACGCCGGCGAUCUGCUCGUGCUCGGCAAGAGCGAGUGCAGCCUGGACGACCUGGCCUGGGAUCCCGCUGACAUGGAUGUGGACCAGGAACAGGAUCAGGACCAAGACCAAGACCAAACUCAAGACCAAGACCACGGGCAGGAGGAUAACUAUCCUGAUGAGAACGAGAGCUCUGUGCUCGGCAGCGACUAUGCGCCGAGUGGCAGCGGUAGUGCCGCCAAUAGCUUCUAUCAGUCGCCCACGCCCUCCACCGCCUCGGGCUCUGGCUGUGACCUAAUGCUCCGGCCGCCCUCCAGCUCCAUGUAUCACUUCAACUACCGAUCGCCCGCAAGUCCCUUGGCCAUGCCAGGCGGCGGCGGCGGCGGCAGCGGAGGAGGAGGAGCUAUUGGAUCCGCAUCCGGACGCCUGCAUCCGUAUGCACAUUCCGCAGCGCACGGCACGCCGCCCAGCUUCUAUCCGAAUAUGUGGUAUCCCAAUGCGCCCUACGGUGCCUCCGGCUCUGGAGGAGCUGCGGGUAGUGGCGCUGGCGGCGGCAGGUACAUGACCUAUGGCGGGCCAGGAGGACCAAGUCCUGGUCCCAGUCCCGGUCCAGGCUAUCCCAGUCAUUCGGCUCACCUGCAUCACCACCCGACGCAUGCGCUGCAUCAUCCGUACCAGCAGCCACAUCCCCACGGGCAUCCGCAUCCGCAUCCCCAUCAUCCGAACCACGCCCAGCAUCCGCAUCACCAGCAUCCGCACGAGACCAUGAUGGAGAUGUUCCAGCUUUCGAACAGCGGUCGCGAGGCCCGCAAUCGAGCGGAGAAAAAUCGCCGGGAUAAACUCAAUGGAUCCAUCCAGGAGCUCUCCACAAUGGUGCCCCAUGUGGCGGAAUCGCCGCGACGAGUGGACAAAACAGCAGUUCUGCGUUUUGCUGCCCAUGGAUUAAGAUUAAAGCAUGUUUUUGGCAAAUCCCUACUCCACCAGCGACCCCAGGUCACCGACACACUGAUGGGAAUGCUGGACAGCUUCUUUCUGGCUCUCACCUGCCAUGGCCACAUCCUGCUGAUCUCGUCCAGCAUCGAACAGCAUCUGGGCCACUGCCAGACGGAUCUGUAUGGCCAGAGCAUCAUGCAGAUCACCCAUCCCGAGGACCAGAGCAUGCUCAAACAGCAGCUCAUACCCACCGAGCUGGAGAACCUCUUUGAUGCCCACGGCGACUCGGAUGCGGAGGGUGAGCCCCGCCAGCGUAGCAAGUCCGAGGAGGACUACAUCGAUCGGAAGUUGCGCGAGGACAGGCGUAGCUUUCGUGUGAGGUUAGCCCGUGCUGGACCCCGUUCAGAGCCCACCGCAUACGAGGUGGUGAAAAUCGAUGGCUGCUUUCGACGCAGCGACGAGGCUCCCCGUGGCGUACGCUCCAAUACGUUGAGCUCCAGCUUACAGCUGAUCCGAAGGACUCGCGGUCGUGACGAUGUCAUUCCCUUGCACACGAUCAGCGGCAAUGAUAUUAUUUUAACAGCCUGCGCCCGGAUCAUCCGUCCGCCGAAGAUCGCCAAUCGUCUGAUCGAUGCCAACACCCUGGAGUACAAGACGCGCCAUUUGAUAGACGGCAGGAUCAUUGACUGCGAUCAAAGGAUCGGCAUUGUGGCUGGCUAUAUGACAGACGAGGUGCGCAAUCUCAGUCCGUUCACCUUCAUGCACAACGACGACGUGCGCUGGGUGAUCGUGGCCCUGCGGCAAAUGUACGACUGCAACAGCUCGUAUGGCGAGUCCACCUAUCGCCUCUUCACCCGGAACGGCAACAUCAUAUACCUGCAGUCCAAGGGCUACCUGGAGAUCGACAAGGAAACCAACAAGGUGCACUCAUUCGUCUGCGUCAACACCUUGCUGGACGAGGAGGAGGGCAAGCGACGAGUGCAGGAGAUGAAGAAGAAAUUCUCGGUGAUCAUCAAUACGCAGAUACCGCAGUCAACCGUCGAUGUGCCGGCCUCCGAGCAUCCGGCUCUGCUUGAGAAGGCGGUGCUGCGACUCAUUCAGAACCUGCAAAAGUCCGGGGAGGAUGGGGCCCAGGGCCUGGAGGGCGAUGAGGACGAGGAUGUGGAGGAGGAAGACGAUGACGAGGAGGAUGACGAAGAUGCCGAUGAUGGGGCACGCAGCAUGUCCGAGUUUGGGGAUCCAUACAGUCAACACCAGCAGCACCACCACCAUCACCACCACCAUCAGCAGCAGCAGCAGCAGCAGCUCCACCAUGGGCGUUCACAGCACGGAAGCUCAUCGGCUGCUCUGGGCAGCUCCAAGACCCCGCCCCUGGCCCUGGUGCCCCCCGAAGCCUCCUCCGUCAAGUCCUCGAUAUCGAAGAGCAUCAGCGUGGUGAACGUGACGGCGGCGAAACAUUUACGCGGCAUCCACAGCUCGGCGGCAAAGUCGCCCACUGCCUCCCUGUCGUCCAGUUGCACCUGCAGCGAAUCCCGUUCGGCCUGCGACUUUUGUCAGGCUCCACUCACGCCCGAUCCCCUGCCCAUAGGUUCCAGCUUGAAAAGGAGCACCACGACGACCCUGGCGGAGGGCGUAGAGAAGCCCUCGGCCAAGCGGCGCUUCAUGCCCAGCACGGAAAUCGAGCAUGUCCUGCACACAUCCCUGGAUCAGAUAGGAAGGACGCUGACGCAGCAGCUCAAUGUGGCCAGGAACCUGAGGGAGCAGGGCCAACGUUACGAGUUGCCGCAUGCCGACCAGCGCUUUGACGAGAUCAUGCAGGAACACCAGAAGCAAAGCGAACUGUAUGUGAACAUCAAGAGCGAGUACGAGGUGCAGUUGCAGAGCAAGGCAGGCGGCGCCCGCAAGUCACCGGAAACGGAAACGCCACAGGAUCGGGAACAGGACUAGACAGGAUACUGAGAGAAGGAGAGCGAGACCAGCUCGCGACUGAAGAAGGGUUUCAUCGAUGUGAUAACUACAACUGUCCUUGCAGCCAGCUCAAGCUCCAAAAGCGCAAUGUCCCAAAAGAAAAUAAUUCUUAUAUAUAAUAUAUAUCUAGAGCUGCAGGAGAGAUACAAUUAUAAUUACCUACAAUCCCAACCUAUGAGUGAGCCUGAGACAAACAUACUUUACAUGGAGUUGACCCACACACACGCACAACCACAGCCCCAAACACAGACGACACAAAGCUGUUUGUUCAGUUUGUUUAGUUUGUUGUUCUUUUAAACAUAAUGUACCACGUACAUUAGGAGUAAGGAGUAAGGAGUAAGGAGUAACAAGUAACGAGUAACAAGAAGGGAGUAACGACUAACAGAAACAGUUAACUAGUAGCGAGUUACUAGUACCUAUUAAGUAGUAACUAGUGACGAGUGCGAGGUGAAACUGUUGCCGUUUCCGAUAAGGCGAUUUUGCAAUUUUGUUUUUAAUUUUAAUUCGAAAUUCUCAAAAAUAUUUCAAUUAAUAUUUUAAAAAAUAUUUAAAAUAUUUGAGUUCCUUUGAUAUAUAAAUUUACUCAAUGUGUGUGUUGGGUUUUUUUUUUUGUAUUGUUAAUGAAAUCUCUAAAGAUUUCUCAUCUUUAAAUUCAAUUUCAAAAUAUACAUAUAUAUAUAUUUUUUUAAUUUGUAAAAUUCAACAAUUUGCAAUUUCAGCGAAAUCGAAACGACGGACGAAGAUUAGCAUAAAUGGGAGGAUAUACAAACAAUUAUUAGGCUAAAUCGGAAUAUACAUUAAACAAUAUAUAUAAUAAAUAUAUAUAUAUAUGUACCUAUGUACCAUACGUUGUGCGUGGUUAGCGCAUGGCCCAAACUAAACGUGAUAAAAGACUGUUACCAACUACAUACACACAUACUAUAUACAUAUAAACACACGCAUAAAUCUAAACUAAACUAAACUAUAAAGAAAACGAUGAAAAAACAACGUAAACUUAAUUUGGAAUAAUGAAAAUAUUCAUUAAAUAGUUAAAUUAAAUUUACUGUACACACACACACACACACACACACCUUUUUAUAGAUGUUUAAUGUUGUUAAUAGCCGGAAAUAUCAGCGACAGCAACAACAAAAACUACAACAACAGCCAAGUACAAUUUACACAGAUAUAUGCUAUAAAUACUAAAUGUAUCUGAAUCGGUGUAAAGCAAAAAUUUAAGAAAAUCUAAACCACACAUACACAUAAAACAAAAAUCAGCAGAAAUGAAAAGCUAAGGCAUGAAAAAAAUAAGAGAACUCUGUUAAAUGUUUGUUAUGCAUUUGUUUUUUUUUAUCUAAAUUAAUAUUAAACUAAUGUAUUAGUGAAUAAACUUGUGUACCUACAUACAAAACCAUG